AUGUCUUUAGUUUCAAGUUGUCAACCUUACGGCCAAAAUGAGACACUUGUCUCAUCUAUCCGAAAUAUUACAAAGGAUUAUCCCUCCGAAAGUGUUUUUAAGGAAUUCCUUCAAAAUGCCGAUGAUGCAGGAGCUACUCGAUUUCAUGUAAUAAUAGAUGCUCGUCGACAUCCCACUGAAACUUUACUUUCAAACGAAAUGAAAGCUUGGCAAGGUCCUGCCAUAUUAAUAUUCAAUAAUGCAAAAUUUAAAAAAAGCGAUUUUGAUUCGCUUAUGCAGAUUCGUGUUGGUGGAAAACAAGGUGAUGAUACGAAAAUUGGAAAACAUGGAUUAGGCUUUAAUUCAUGCUAUCAUUUUACCGAUGUACCAAGUUUUGUCAGUGGGGAUUACAUUGCAUUUUUGGAUCCACAUCAAAAAUAUUUACCAACAAAAGAGCGUGGUAGUAUUGGUACUUUUCCUAAAGAUGGUAUUAAUGGUUUCUCCGAAAGAGACCAAUUAGUUCCUUAUGAAGGUAUUGAAGGCAACGAUUUUCGAUCAACUUUUGAUGGAACACUCUUUCGAUUACCAUUCCGUCAACAACCAAGUGAAAUAUCUGAUAGUAUUUUUACUACUAAUCAGGUUCUUCAAUUAGUUAAUAACAUUAAGUCAAAUGCUGCCUCUCAAUUUUUAUUUCUUCGAAAUAUUGAAACAUUUGAAGUAUCUCAUAUACCAGGAGGUACAUCUCCACAACAAAUGGUUCCUCUAUGGAAAGCAACCAUAAUAGGAUUAGAUGAUAAUGUACGAAAUAAAAGAAAACGUAUCAGUAAUGAUGAACUUCAAAUUUAUGAGAUGAAAGUUGAGUUAAUUGACAAUGAAACCAAACAAAUAGAUCAUUGGAUAAUUGCUACUGGUGCUCAAAAAGAUCCUGAAGAUCCUCAACUUAAACAAUAUGCAAAACGACAUCGAUUACGUAUCUUAGGUGGUAUCGCUGCACCAUUAAGCAGUUCUAAAAAAAGAAUUCAUACUUUGGACCAACCGAUUAACCCUAUUUUCGUAAAUUUAAGUAUGAUUCCGAGUGAAUUUAAGGGUAGAAUGUAUUCUUUUCUUUCAUUACCUGAUGUUACACAUUUACCGGUUCAUUUAAGUGGAACCUGGGCUCAAAGUUCAGAUCGUGCAAGAUUAUUAAUUGAAAAAGAUGAUACACCAGAUAUUGAUCAUCAAAAACUCAAAUGGAAUAGGCAUAUCUUACUCGAGUUCUUACCAAAAAUUCAUUGUGGACUUUUAAAAGAAGUUAUUGAAUUACAAAAAAGUAAAAAAAUUGAUACAACAAGUAAACCUACAUCAAAAUUUUGGCCGUUUCCACCAAUUUCUCGAAAUCAUCCAAAGUACACGGUUGAGUAUGGCUGCAAG